AUGGGUCUCUUCCGCAAAGAAAAGACUCCUCACGGAGCGACACCCGCCACCACAAAGACCCGACACCAGAAGCCCGUUCACGAUCCUCUGUCAAUGUCGCGCCGCCCUUCUUUCGGCCAGUGGCUCAAGGCUACAUGGCUCGACAUUCUCACCAUGGCUAUUAUGGGUGCCAUCGGUCUCGGUGUCUACUGGGCUAAGCCUGCACCUGCGCGAUCCUUCCCUGUUACCUUCAGCGACGGCGAGAUUGUCUGGCCCGAGUACGGAUACCCUCUCCGCGGAGAGAUUGUUCCCAUCUGGGCUGCCGCUUUGUUGGCUGCUCUUGUUCCCAUCUUCAUCUUCCUCGUGAUGCAGAUCCGAGUCCGCAGCUUCUGGGAUGUCAACAACGCCACCAUCGGUCUUCUCUACGCCCUCAUCACUGCCGCCGUCUUCCAGGUCUUUGUCAAGUGGCUCAUCGGUGGUUUCCGACCUCACUUCCUUGCCGUCUGCAAGCCCGACAUGCAGCGAGCUCGCACCAUGGGAGGAUACAACAACAAGGGAUACCUCCAGCUCUACUACACCCCUGACAUCUGCACUGGUGACAAGGCCGAGAUCAACGAUGCGCUUGAGUCCAUGCCCAGCGGCCACACCACUGCCGCCUUUGCUGGCUUCGUCUACCUUUACCUGUACCUCAACGCCAAGCUCAAGGUCUUCUCCAACUACCACCCCGCCAUGUGGAAGCUCAUCGCCACCUACGCCCCCCUCCUCGGAGCCACUCUAAUCGGUGGAGCUCUUACCAUCGACAAGUACCACCACUUCCACGAUGUCUUCGCCGGUGCUGUCAUUGGUACCAUCUUUGCCUUCUCUGCCUACCGCAUGACCUACGCCGCUGUCUGGGAUUGGCGCUACAACCACAUUCCCCUCAACCGAGGCAUUCCUUUCAACUACUCCAUGGGCCAGGCCGAGCUCACUGAUGCUGUUUUCACCCGCAAAGUUGGCUGGGGAUCCCACGGUGGUAGCUCCUACGGCCAUGGCCACCACGGCCACGGAAUGAAGAGCGAUGGAUCUGAGCACAUGCACGGUGCUGGAUACAACAACGGUUCUAUUCCUCGACGACCUGUUGGGGAGGGUGUUCGAGGUGAGCACAUGGUUUAA